ACUUAAAAGGGUAUGACCACUAAUUAUUAUUGUCAUAUUAUUUUGAUCAAUCCACACAAACUAAGCAGAUGAAGGAAAUCACCCAAACUUAAGCAGGUAAGUAUUCGUUUCUUACUUGAAUUAUUAGUUCAAGACCUGCAUAUAUAUGUUAUGAUGGAUCAUCACCAGCCAAGUAUUAUUUUCAUGAUUCUCUUCCUACUACUGUUUUUGUCUUCUCCAUCAUAUCUAAUCUCUUUGAAGAUUGAUUGGCUACCAUCUGAAUAUGUCAUACCCUCAACGAAUACAACUACUACAUCAUGGAUGAUCAACCAACUAUCGACACCUCGGUUAGGAGGGCCAAGUGCCUUGUUUACACCCAUUCUUCUCAGCAACUCAAGUUCCAGUGGCUCACAGUUCAUUAGUGGUUUCUACUGUGACUAUUACAACACUUUGUGUUUUUUUGGUAUAAUCAUCUUCCAAAACAACAAGGUCAAUCUCAAAGAUAUAGAUAUAUAUGACAUAAUGCUAGUUUGGUCAGCAAAUCGUAAUUAUCCAUUGCAAGGGAAUUCUACGUUAAAGUUCACGCCGAAAGGAGAUCUAGUCCUGGAAAAUGCAGAAGGGAAUUUGGUUUGGUCCACUAACACUACAGGUAAACCCGUUUUAGGCUUGAAGUUAACCGAAAGUGGGAACCUCGUGCUAUUUGGCAAUGAUCAUUCUGUCAUUUGGCAAUCUUUCGAUUAUCCCACCGACACCUUACUUAGGGGGCAGACAUUGCUUCCAGGACAGAAACUAAUAGCCAGCCUAUCUACAGAUACUUUGAACCAAGGAUUGUGUUCGAUCAACAUUGUAAACCACACAUUGUUUGCCUACCUAGAGUCUAAUCCUCCUCAGGUUUACUUUUCCUCCACCAUAAAUCUAAAAAAUGGAACUUUUGACUGGUUUUGGAACAUCUUACAACAAAAUCUUUCGACCGCCCUCGCUCAUCAAUUCUUGAAGCUAGAUGCCAAUUGUCAUUUAAACAUUUACGAAUUUGGACAAAUGAGACCUAAGAUAUUGAUUGAUUUACUUCCAAUCUUAGAUGAUUGUGAUUAUCCUAUGGCGUGUGGAAGAUAUGGCAUAUGUUCACAACCAAAUCAGUGCAGUUGUCCUGAAGAGAUGAAAGAUGGAACCCGUAUCUUAAGGUCAUUAGACAUUAGACAACCAAACCUUGGUUGCACCUUGCUCAACAACAUAUCAUGUGGUGAUUCUCAAUAUCACAAUCUUGUGGAGCUUGAGAAUACAACUUAUUUUAACUUCUAUCUGAAUCAAGGACACGUAGACCUGGACUUAAAAGACUGCAAAUUAAUUUGCUUGAGAAAUUGUUCAUGCAAAGCAAUAGUUUAUGCAUACUACAAUGGAGGUAGUAAUAUUAAAUCAUGUUUAUUAAUUAAUGAAGUCUUCUCUCUUGAGGCUAUUGACAUGACCAACAACUUGUACACAAACAUCUCAGUGUUUCUUAAAGUACAGGAAUUUCCAACAAAGCAAAACCAAACACAAGAUUCUUCCCCUCAAAAUGGUUCGAGGAGUGUAACAACUAUUGUUGCAUCUAUUGUUGGAAUUAUCAUUUUUGUUUCUUUUCUCAUUGGGUUUUACUUCCUUAUGUAUUAUAGAAGGAGAAUGGUCAAAAGUGAAAUUGAUCUUCAACUUCCUCAACUAUCAGGAUUGCCAACUAGAUUCUCUUAUGAGCAUCUCAAAUCCAUUACUGGCAACUUUAGUAAAAAAAUUGGGGAAGGAGGAUUUGGCUCAGUAUUUGAAGGGACUUUGAGUAAUGGCAUUAGAGUGGCGGUGAAAUGCCUAAAUGGGUUCGAUCAACUAAAGAAGUCAUUCUUUGCGGAGGUCGAGACAAUUGGAAACAUUCAUCAUGUGAAUUUGGUAAAAUUAAUUGGAUAUUGUGUUGAAGAGUCUUAUACACUUCUUGUCUACGAGUACAUGUCGAAUGGAUCUUUGGACAAAUGGAUUUUCUACAAGCAUAAAAAGGACGCGCUUAGCUGGGAAUUGAGGAAGAAGAUCAUCGUAGACAUAGCAAAAGGAUUGGCAUAUCUUCAUGAAGAAUGUAGACAAAAAAUACUGCACUUGGACAUCAAGCCUCAGAACAUACUUUUAGAUGAGAAUUUCAACGCAAAAAUAUCUGAUUUUGGAUUGGCAAAACUUGUCGAGAAGGACCAUAGCCAAAUCAUAACAACGUUAAGAGGGACUCCAGGUUAUAUUGCUCCAGAAUGGGUAAGUCUAAACAUCACAGAUAAAGUAGAUGUCUACAGCUUUGGGGUGGUGGUCAUGGAAAUCUUGUGUGGCCGACCAAACUUAGACAGAUCUCAAAUUGAGGAUAAUAAGCAUCUUCUAGGAAUGUUUAGACAAAAGGGUGAGGAGGGGCGAUUUCAAGAUCUAAUCAAUAAAGAUGAUUUGGAAAUGCAAUCAAAUAUUGAGGAAGUUGUAGAGAUAAUAAAGUUAGCUGCAUGGUGCUUGCAAUGUGACUUCUCAAGGAGGCCUUCAAUGACAAGUGUGGUUAAGGUCUUGGAAUGUGCCAUUGAAGUCGAAAAAAACUUGGAUUACAAUUUCACUAAUCCUCCCAUUGAAAAACUGGCAACAGACCCUAAUCUCAUGCUUAGUGCAACUACGCCCUUGCUUCCUUCCAUCUUGUCAGGACCAAGGUAAGACAAUUUAUGCAUUUUAGCUUUUAUGUACAAAAAAGACAAUUAUAUCAACUACUUCGAAAUAUUUCAUGGACUAACAAGACAAACUCUUGAAAGGGAAUGAAUUGAUGUACUCAUGCACUUUCGUUCUUCAGUUCAUAUAUAAGAAUUUGUAUGGUAUGCAAUAUUUAAUUGUCAAGA